UAAUGUAGGAAUCCUAUCGGCAGUGUCUGUGUUGUUAAGCUCGUACUCAGCUGCUCGUUCCAGGCGUUUACCUCUAAAGACAGAACGCCUGGAACGAGAUUCUGCAAAUGAGCGUUAUUGGCGAGAGAGGGGCGGGACUUUCAGUUACACCAUGGGUGCGAGAGAAGGAGGAACUUUCGAAUCAAACUAUGCUCUCGAGGGAUUUAGUGUUCCUGCCGUCAGAGGUCUGAGUCCUGGAACCAUCAGACUAUAGUCUAAAUAUUAUUUUGGAGAGGCCAUGUCUGCUGUCAAUAUCACUAAAGACCUACUGGGCAGACAGAUCAGGGACAAGAGAGCGUUGGGCUUUCAAAGAAACUACCAUGUGACUGACCCCUUCAUCAAGAGGCUGGGUCUGGAGUCGGAGCUUCAGGGCCACACUGGGUGUGUGAAUUGCCUAGAAUGGAACGAAAAAGGAGACCUGUUAGCUUCAGGCUCAGAUGACCAACAUGCCAUCAUCUGGGAACCCUUCAAACACAAAAAGUUAACAACUAUGCAUACAGGACAUGCAGCCAACAUCUUCUCGGUGAAGUUCCUCCCGCACUCAGGAGACCGGAUACUGGUGACGGGCGCCGCCGACACCAAGGUGCACGUUCACGACAUCUCCGUCAAGGAAACCAUCCACAUGUUCUCGGACCACACCAACCGGGUGAAGCGCAUCGCCACGGCGCCCAUGUGGCCCAACACCUUCUGGAGCGCGGCGGAGGACGGCAUCAUCAGGCAGUACGACCUGAGGGAGAGCAGUAAGCGGUCCGAGGUGCUGAUUGACCUGACGGAGUUCUGUGGGCAGCUGGUGGAGGCUAAGUGUCUGGCUGUGAACCCCCGAGACAACAACUACAUGGCGGUGGGCGCCAACGGGCCCUUCGUACGGCUGUAUGACAUCCGGAUGAUCCACAACUACAGAAAGUCCGUAAGUCAGAAUACAUCGGCUGCGGUGCACACUUUCUGCGACAGGCAAAAGCCCAUCCCUGAAGGAGCUGGACAAUAUUACGUUGCAGGACACAUACCAGUGAAACUCCCAGACUAUAACAAUCGCCUCAGAGUCCUGGUAGCCACUUACGUGACCUUCAGUCCAGAUGGCACUGAGUUGCUGGUCAACAUGGGCGGGGAACAGGUGUAUUUAUUUGAUUUGACAUUCAAACAAAGGCCAUCCACGUACCUUCUUCCACAAAAGUGCCAAUCAUCAACAGAUGUUCCGAAGACAGCCAAUGGAGUAACGAAUGGUGUCCACCUGCCUGCCAACCACUUACGUUUAGCUCAAGGCAACAUCUUUUCUAGGUGUGUUGAGCUGCCCCCACACCUGGAGCGGGUGAAGCAGCAGGCCAACGACGCCUUCUCCCAGCAACACUGGACACAGGCCAUCCAGCUGUACAGCCUGGGGAUACACCAGGCCAGCGACAACGCCAUGCUGUACGGGAACCGGGCCGCCGCCUACAUGAAGCGCAAGUGGGACGGGGACCACUACGACGCUCUCAGGGACUGCCUGAAAGCCCUCACACUGAACCCUGCCCACCUGAAGGCUCACUUCAGGCUCGCCCGCUGCCUGUUUGAGCUCAAGUACGUGGCGGAGGCGCUGGAGUGCCUGGGCGACUUCAAGGGGAAGUUCCCCGAGCAGGCCCACAGCAGUGCCUGCGACGCCCUGGAGAAGGACAUCAAGGCGGCGCUCUUCAUCAAGGCCGAGUCAGGCGAGGACAAGAAGGCAAACGCUUCGAUCCGUUUCCACUCCACCCCGCGUAAAGAGUCCAUCCCGGAGGACGAGGUCGCGUUGAGGGAGCGCAGCUUCGACUACAAGCACCGUUACUGCGGCCACUGCAACACCACCACCGACAUCAAAGAGGCCAACUUCUUCGGGAGUAAGGGCCAAUACAUUGUGAGUGGCUCUGACGAUGGCUCCUUAUUCAUCUGGGAAAAAGAGACGACUAACCUGGUGCGGAUACUGCAAGGGGACGAGUCCAUAGUCAACUGCCUGCAGCCCCAUCCCAGCUACUGCUUCCUGGCCACCAGUGGCAUCGACCCCGUGGUCCGGUUAUGGAACCCAAGACCAGAGGUGGAGGUGGAGAACGGCCGCGUCGUGGAGGACAUGGAGGGCGCCGCCCAGGCCAACCAGCGCCGUAUGAACGCGGACCCCCUGGACGUGAUGCUGCUGAACAUGGGGUACCGCAUCAUGAGGGGCGGCGGGCCCGAGGACUCGGACGACGAGGAGAACUCUGAGGGACAAGUGCAAUGUCGGCCGAGCUAAACGCCUCCUCGGGGACAUUCUGUGGAAUGGAGGGAGGACACGACGCACUCCCUUAGUGUGUGUGCGUGCGUGCGUGCGUGCGUGCGUGCGUGCGCAUGUGUGUGUGUGUGUGUGUGUUGGCAGGUGUGCGCGCUCACAUCGAUGGGGAAAAGCACCUAGAUAUUCUUCAUAUUUUUUCAAUGUUAACUCCUCCCCCAUCCCCCCCUUACCCCUUGAGCUGAACGAAACCUCGGGUGAUGUCCUAUCACAACUCGGCACUAUGCACCGCCCAACCACCCCCCCCCCCCCCCCCCCCCUAUUCCCCCCCCAUCCUACGAUUGGGGGGGCAAUGGGGGUCCCCAAAGCCCCUUCAACAAACUGACCACAACUCAGCUACUCGUCGUCCCUGCAGGUUCCUGUGUUGAAGCGGUGCAUAGAAGGCCAGAGACCACCGUACGGGGAACUAUUUUCAGGUUAUAGUGGUCAAGCUCCCCCCCCCUUUGACCGGAUGGGUCAACACUUCUCGUAUUCCUGUCUCUUCUACCGUCGAAGCGAAGGAAUCCCAGCGCCCUGCUCAGAUGGGCGGCACGGCGACGUCCACGUUUGGAAGCCUGUCAGUGCGCAGUUUGGGUCGUCGGAGGCGGCAGAUGCAUUGUGGGUUAUUGAGUUUGCACACGUUUUUUAUGUUGUUUCAACUAAAGAAAUGAAAAAUGUUCCUUUCCAAAGUUAUUGUUCUGUGUAAUUUGGUGGCCAAGGAAGAAUGUUUCUUUUUUUGGGGGUUCUAACUCAAUUUAAACGAACAAUUAUUCUUAGUUAUUGCAAAAAAAAGUUUAUAAUGAUUAACGUUAUUUUGUAUUAAGUGUUGCCCUAUCAUGCAGACGUUAUUUAAUUCAAAAUGGGAUCUGUUUUUUUGGGCCUUUUGAAGCUUAUAUUUAAAUGUCACUUAUAUUUAAAUGUCACAUGAGUUGUCUGGCAUAUGUUUAUUGGUGGCUUGUGUUUUUCUGUUCCUUUGUAAUUUCAAGUUUGAUCUGAAAGCGAACCAAAUGCGUUUCAUAAGUACUAUAACAAGUAUUUCAAAGGGCUUGUCCCACAUAAUAGCCGUUUGGCCCGACCACAACUAGACCUUUGGAAGUCUGACUAAUGAGACUUUCCCCGGGCUGUUUUGCUUUUAGGGCUUUUGCUAAAACAAUUGCUUGUCGGGCCCUCCUGUCCCUUUCCUGGUAGAACUUAAGGAUGAUUUCUUCAUUCGUUGAUAAACAAAACUCUAGGCCUCUGUGUUUCCUUUGUUCAAAAUCAUUUAAAGAUGGUCUGUAUAUUUUUCUUUCAACGGUCAUGUUCAAUUAUUUGCUGCAAACAAAUAAAAGAAGAAUA